AUGGCCACAAUGCGUGCAGUCGACAUUAAGAACAAAACCGGCCCCGCCACAUCUCUCUUCAUCAACGACCAAAUCCCCAAACCUACCAUCUCUGCUGGCUAUGCUGUAGUGAAAAUCAAAGCAUUCGGGCUCAACCGAAUGGAUCUCUUACAAAGAGAAGGUCACUAUCCCUUACCACCUCAAGCAGGGCCAAUCCUUGGCGUCGAGUUCAGCGGUACAAUUGAGGAUCUUGGAGAAGGCGACGGAGGGAAGGAGGGGUUUAAAAAGGGUGAUGCGGUGUUUGGUCUAGCCUAUGGUGGAGCUUAUGCCGAGUUUAUCAAGGUGGACAUUAGGAUGUUGUUGAAGAAGCCCGAUCAUCUAAGCUGGGAGGAGGCCGCUGGUGUGCCGGAGACUUGGAUCACAGCCACCCAAGCUAUGUACCUCAUCGGAGAAUUCACAAAAGGGAAAAGCAUCCUCUGGCACGCAGGCGCCUCGUCCGUCUCCAUCGCCGGAAUUCAGCUCUCCAAACUCGCCGGCGCAUCCGUCAUCUAUGCCACAGCUUCUUCACAGGAGAAACUUGACUUCUGUAAGUCCAUCGGCGCCACGGCCGGCUUCAACUACAAGACUCAAGACUGGGCGAAGGAGAUCCUGGCUGCUACGGACGGCAAGGGCGUCGAUAUCGUGAUUGAUUAUGUUGGACAGAGCUAUUUCCAGGGGAACUUGGACGUGGCUGCUAAGGAUGGACGAAUUGUGAAUCUGGGACUGAUGAGUGGUGGGAAGUUACCGGCGGGUGUGGAUAUCAGUGCGUUUGUGAGGAAGAGGUUGCGAUUUGAGGGGAGCAGUCUGAGGAGUCGGGAUGGGGAGUAUCAGGGGAAAUUGAGGGAUAAAUUGGAGGAAUAUCUCCCUCAAUUCGAGGAUGGUACACUCAAGAUCUUCGUCGAAAAGGUCUUUCCAUGGGAACAGGUUGUCGAAGCGCAUCAAUUGAUGGAGAAGAAUGCCACGAAGGGAAAAAUUAUCUGUACCAUAUCUUGA